UGAGGCGCCCCCCUCCACCAUUGAUGGGCUGUGCCCCCUGAGCACGGUGCCGGGCGCCCGGGUCUAUGAGGACUAUGACUGCACUCUGAAUCAGACCAACAUCAACGCCAACAGCAACAAGUUCUACAUCAUCCAGCUCCUUGAGCAUAAUGGUGACUACAGCGUCCGGACCCAGUGGGGCCGCGUGGGGGAGGUGGGUCAGUCCAAGCUCAUGGCCUACACCUCCCUGGAGGCUGCCAAGAAGGCCUUUGAGAAGAAGUUUCGGGAGAAGACCAAGAACAACUGGGCAGCGAGGGAGAACUUUGUUACCCAGCCGGGGAAGUACACGCUCAUUGAGGUGCAGCCAGGAGCCAGGCAGGGGGUGGACGUUGCCCUCAGGGUGGAUGGCAUGGAUGGGGACAAGGUCUGCAAGCAGCGGGUGCUGCCCUGCACCUUGGACAAAGCUACGCAGGACCUGGUGUCCCUCAUCUUCAGCAGUGACAUGUUCCGGGAUGCCAUGCAGACCAUGAAUAUCGACGUGAAAAAGAAGCUGCUGAGCAAGCACCAGAUCGCGAAGGGCUUCCAGGUGCUGGAGGAGCUGGAGGCAGCGCUGCAGGAGCAGCCCCCCCAGGCUGCGCGCCUGGAGGACCUCUCCUCCCGCUUCUACAGCAUCAUCCCCCAUAACUUUGGGCGGGCACAGCCACCCCCCAUCAAGUCCCCCGACCUGCUGCGUGCCAAGAAGGACAUGCUGUUGGUGCUGGCGGACAUCGAGCUGGCACAGAGCCUGCAGGCACAGAAGGUGAAGGAGGAGGAGAAGGAAGAAGUCCUCCAUCCGCUGGAUCAGGAUUAUGCCCUGCUCUGCUGCCAGCUUUCCCUGCUGGACCCGGCUUCCCGGGAAUACCAGCUGAUCCAAAAUAACGUGACACAGACUGGGGACAAACUCCGCAUCCUCAACAUCUGGCAGGUGGCUCGAGAUGGUGAGGAUGAGCGCUUCAAAGCCCACGACCUCCUGGAGCACCGGCGUCUGCUUUGGCAUGGCACCAACGUGGCGAUGAUCGCGGCCAUCCUGAAGAGCGGGCUGCGCAUCACGCCCCACUCAGGUGGACGUGUGGGCAAGGGCAUCUACUUCACCUCCGAGAACAGCAAGUCAGCCUGCUAUGCGAGCUGUACGUCCAAGAAGGUUGGCAUCAUGUUCCUGGUGGAGGUGGCCCUGGGCAAGCCUUACCGCAUCACCAGUGAUGACCCCACGCUGUCUCAGCCGCCCGCCGGCUAUGACAGUGUCCUGGCCUGCGGCCAGACAGAGCCAGACCCCGCGCAGGAUGAGGAGGUGCUGCUGGAUGGCAAGAAGGUGCUGGUGUGCCAGGGCAAGCCCAUCCCCAUGCCCGCCUACAAGGACUCCUCCUUCAGCCAGAGCGAGUACCUUAUCUACCAGGAAAGCCAGUGCCGGGUCCGCUACCUUGUCCAGCUCCAGUUCUGA